GGUGAAGUCAUAAGCUUCAUCCUCAUCUAAUCUAAGCUAUAUAAAUCCAGUGAUUUCUUUCUUGCACUAUAUUCUAAAAUUCUAUACUGCUCUUUGAAAACAAAGUAUCUCAAUUAAAAUCAACUUUUAAAAUUUGGAAUGGGAAGCCAAGAGGAUAUAGUGAUUGUUGGUGGUGGAGUAGCAGGUCUUGCAACAUCUUUGGGGCUUCACAGGUUGGGAAUAAAGAGCUUAGUCUUGGAGUCAGCAGAUGAGUUGAGAACAACAGGAUUUGCCUUCAUAAUGUGGAGCAAUGCUUGGAAGGCUUUAGAUGCUAUCGGCAUAGGAAAUAUCCUUCGCGCCAAACACAACAAGCUUCAUGGCAUUGUCACGGCAUCGGUUAAUUCGGGGGUGACCACUUCAGAACUAUCUUUUGGAGCUCAAGAUUCACUGGGAGGUCCUGAUAUCUAUUGUGUGAACCGAAAGAUUUUGCUAGAAACAAUGGAAAACGAACUCCCAAAAGGUACCGUUCGGUACUCUUCCAAAGUGGUUUGUAUCGAAAACGAUGAUGGCCCGUUCAAGUCUCUUCAUCUUGCCGAUGGAACUAUUUUGAAAACUAAGGUGUUGAUUGGAUGUGACGGAGUAAAUUCGAAAGUUGCAAAGUUUCUAGGCUUUAGUAAGCCCUUUUUCGUGGGGCGAUCGGCAAUUAGGGGAUUUUUCGAUUUUAACGAACCUCACGGUUUUGAGCCGAAGGUUAUGCAAUUCUCUGGAAAGGGCGUAAGAUAUGGCGUAAUCCCAUGCGACGAUCAUGGGGUUUAUUGGUUUUUCACAUUUAGUCCAUCUCCACAAGAGAAAGAUAUCGUUGAGGACCCGACCAAGUUGAAGCAACUCAUACUUAACAAACUCGGUAAAGUUCCUGACAAAAUCAAAUGUGUUGUCGAGAAAACCGAUCUACAAAACAUGGUUUUCUCCCCAUUAAGGUCUCGACGCGCGUGGGAAUUGCUUUGGGGGAAUAUAAGCAAAGACAAUGUUUGUGUACUUGGAGAUGCUUUGCACCCAAUGACUCCCGAUAUGGGACAAGGAGGAUGUUCAUCGCUUGAGGAUAGUGUCGUUUUGGCUCGGUUUUUGGCCGAGGCCAUGAAGGGAAAAGGGUUGGGCAGUGAAGAUAAAACCGAGCAAUGGAGGAUUCGUUUGGGGUUGGAAAAAUUUGGUCGAGAGCGAAAGUGGCGAGACUUUGAUCUUGUAUGCACGUCGUAUGUGGUUGGAUUGAUGCAACAAAGUGAUGGGGUUGUGAUGAACUUUGUUCGGGAUAGAAUAAUGGCUAGGUUUUUGACGGGUUUGUUGUUGAAGAAGACUAGUUACGAUUGUGGUAAGCUCGUUUAGGGGUUUCUUGAUGAUUAUCGUGCGUCGUGCGAUAUCUUUUUUUUUUUUUCUCGGGUCUUUUUAUCGAAACGUUUUAUCUACGAUUAUACAUGAAUGUGUUUGUGUAUUGUGAUGACAUUUUGCAAACUUGGUUAUUGUAAAAUCUUUUGAGCCAAUUCUCAUCUAAGUUUGCUAAUCAAAUGGGGGCUGCAAAUUUGGUGGUACGUUGAAUAUUUGCUCUCAUGAAUUAUCGAGUUUGUUACAAAUAAUCUGAAGAAAUUGUUGCAGAAGAAAUGAAGAACGAGGAAGACGAGAGAGAAGAGAAGCGGCGAGAGAAAAAAUAAAAUGAAUGAAUAAUGAGAAAAACUAGGGUUUGUGUACAAGAUUAAGCUAUUUAUACUCUCAGCCUAUACAUGAC